AUGGCGGCUUCUGGAGAGAGCGGGGCUUCGGGUGGCGGAGGCAGCAUGGAGGAGGCGUUUAUGACCUUCAGUGAGGUGAAACAAAUAGAGAAGAGAGAUUCAGUUCUAACAUCCAAAAAUCAGAUUGAAAGAUUGACUCGUCCCGGUUCCUCUUACUUUAAUCUGAAUCCAUUUGAGGUUCUUCAGCUAGAUCCUGAAGUGACAGAUGAAGAAAUAAAAAAGAGGUUCCGGCAGUUGUCUAUAUUGGUGCAUCCUGACAAGAAUCAAGAUGAUGCUGACAGAGCACAGAAGGCUUCUGAAGCUGUGGACAAAGCUUACAAGUUGCUACUGGAUCAGGAACAGAAGAAGAGGGCCCUGGAUGUAAUUCAGGCAGGAAAAGAAUACGUGGAACACACCGUUAAAGAGCGAAAAAAACAGCUAAAGAAGGAAGGAAAGCCUACAAAUGUAGAGGAAGAUGAUCCCGAAUUGUUCAAACAGGCAGUCUACAAACAGACCAUGAAACUGUUUGCUGAGCUGGAAAUUAAAAGGAAAGAGAGAGAAGCCAAAGAGAUGCAUGAAAGGAAACGACAGAGAGAAGAGGAGAUCGAAGCCCAGGAAAAAGCCAAGCGAGAAAGGGAGUGGCAGAAAAACUUUGAGGAAAGUCGGGACGGUCGAGUGGACAGUUGGCGGAAUUUCCAGGCAAAUACGAAGGGGAAGAAGGAGAAGAAGAAUCGGACCUUUCUGAGGCCACCGAAAGUAAAGAUGGAACAGCGCGAGUGACCAGCUGGGCCACGGCCAGAGCUUUCCCAGCUGCCUCCUUCUGCUUCAAGGACUCAUUUUUUUCUCAACUUCCACCCCAACAUAGAGUAGUGUUUGCUUUUUAGUCUAUUUUGUUUUAAAUACAAUUUAAUAUCAAUCAGAGUAAUUCUUUGUCCAUUGAGAGGAGGGCUUGGUCAAACCUCUCCCCCUCCUUCC